AUGCCUUGUUCCACCAGGAUCAUGGAUUCUGCCAUAAAUGGCCACAUCCUGAUGCAGUGCGCUAAUGAGCAUUGUGGAUUUAGAGUGGAUCUCACAGACAUCUACCACACUUCAUUUUUUACUUCUACCUAUGAGGAACUUCCAACACUUGUUGCAAACCCCCAACCUGAUAUGACCCUGAUUUACACUGCCUUUUGCUGCCUUCCUCCCAACCCACAUGAUAUUGCACCCUACUUCAAUGGCUAUCUUGGAUCCCAUGUCUCAGUCUGGCCUGAUUUUCAGCAACUCUGUGGUUUGUCCAUCGGUGUUGCACUUUAUCUGCUCAAGAGACUGCUACUACUACUCGAGGAUUGGUCUCCUGGCUGUGAAUGUCUAGUCUAUGUAGAGUCUACUCCAGGUCCUGUCUGGGUCCUGUCUGGGGGUGUGCCAGCUGCCUGGCCAGAUUAA